GGGGGGGGGGACUGAGGCGAUGUCGUUUUGGCCCCCUUUCAGAUCUCCUGAGAGCGUCAGAUGAAUAAAGUCAUUCAAAUUCACCGGAGCUGUAUAAAAUAACGGAGAUCUCUCUUCCUCUCUCUCUCUUUUUUAAACUCGUCCUAAAAUGGCAACCAUGAGUGACCAGGGAGGAUCAAAAGACGCAUUCGGGCGCAAGCCCGCCUCGCGGAGAAAUUAACCACCUGAUGGGCACCGGAGGAACCGAGGAGAGACUGUUUAGGUGUCGCUUGUUGACUUGGUGAUUUACAAUGCUGAGCAAAUAAGGGGCGCUGCAAGUUUGACCGAGCGUCUGCGUAACAGGCUAUGCCACCGGCCUUUACAUCUGAUCUUUUUCCUUCUUUCUUCUUCUUCUUCUUUUUUUUUGGAUAUGGUAAUGAUGUCAUGAAAUACCGGAGGAGGGGGGGCUGUACCUAAACUGGAAGAGAUGGCAAUCAGUAUCAUGUAAGUAGGAUACAUGGGAUUCGCUCAGCAUGGACCCAUCUGAGGUGUGUUUGCUAUUCUGACUUUCUCGCAUUCACGACUGAUUGGUCGAGAGGCUUCAUGCCUCAUUUUGUCUCCCUGCGCGCGCUGAGCUGCAACUUUUGUCCUCUGGUCUGCGUCCACAUCACAGCGCGCGAGCGCUUACUGUAAGCGUCCGCGGACCGAAGCGCUCACUGACUUAAAAUGGAGUUUGCCAUGGUGGGCGCGGACGGUGGGUGCAACAGCCACCUGCCUUACGGAUAUGCCCAGGCUCGCGCGCGGGAGAGGGAGCGCGAGAGGGAGCGCCAGGCUGCCCACACCAGAGCGGCGGCCGCAGCGGCUGCUGCCGAAGGUGGAACGUGCACGGAGGGAGGUGGAGGAGGAGGUAGCUGCGGUGGCGUCGGAGGGUCCACCUCCAACACCUCCUCGAGCGCUCAUCUCCUUAACAACCGCCAGCAUCAGUCUCGCGCCGCCUCCUCCGCGAACGCCAACAUCAGCAGCGGCGGUACCGCCUCGCGCCCCUCCCCCUCCUCCUUCACCUCCACCACCACCACCUCCACCUCCUCCGCGCAGCAGAACCAGCAGGAGCCCGAGCAGCAGCAGAGAUUUGUCCGAGAGCGGAAAAAGCAGCGCGGCGUCGGACGCUGGAGACGGAACCGGGGCACUCUCGGUGGGGACCUGCGCCACUCCGAGCUGGCUCUGCUCGGAUCCGAGGAGGACAUCAUGAUAGAGGAGGAAGAGGCCGAAGGAGCCGAGGAAGAGGAGGAGGAGGGGGAGGGGGGCGGGGGCGACCGGGGGAGCAAAAGGUCGAGUUUUUUGUGCAACAUGGAUGAUGAGGAGGAGACCGUGUCGAUCACCGACAGGCGGCCCCAGUCCGGAUACGAAAACGUUUACAGCGAGUGCGGCUGCUGCGAGAGAGUUGUCAUCAACGUGUCGGGUCUGAAGUUUGAAACUCAGCUCAAGACGCUCACUCAGUUCCCGGACACGCUCCUGGGAGAUCCGGACAAGAGGAUCAGGUACUUCGACCCGCUGAGGAACGAAUACUUCUUCGACCGGAACCGACCGAGUUUUGACGCCAUUCUUUACUACUACCAGUCAGGCGGGCGCUUAAAAAGACCAGUCAACGUCCCAUUUGACAUAUUUUCCGAGGAGGUCAAGUUUUAUGAACUCGGGGAGGAGGCGAUACUAAAGUUUCGGGAGGAUGAGGGCUUCGUCAAAGAGGAGGAGAAACCUCUGCCGGAGGAUGAGUUCAAGCGCCAGAUUUGGCUGCUCUUUGAGUAUCCGGAGAGCUCGAGCCCUGCCAGGGGGAUCGCGGUCGUGUCCGUCCUUGUUAUUGUCAUUUCUAUUGUGAUUUUCUGCCUGGAGACGCUGCCGGAGUUCAGGGAUGACAAAGAGUAUCUACAGCCACGAAACAACUCCUCUCAAGCCGAUCACGGAUUUACUCCUUUUAACGACCCUUUUUUCGUCGUGGAAACGGUCUGCAUCAUCUGGUUCUCGUUUGAGAUUAUAGUUCGCUUCUUUGCCAGUCCGAGCAAAACUCUCUUCUUUAAAAACAUUAUGAACUCCAUAGACAUUGUUUCCAUUUUGCCUUAUUUCAUUACUCUCGGCACGGACCUGGCGCAGCAUCAGGGCAACGGACAGCACGCGAUGAGUUUCGCCAUCCUGAGAAUAAUCCGCCUUGUCAGGGUGUUUCGCAUCUUCAAGCUGUCCAGGCACUCUAAGGGGCUGCAGAUCCUGGGUCACACCCUGCGUGCCAGCAUGAGGGAGCUGGCCCUCCUCAUUUUCUUCCUGGUCAUAGGUGUCAUCCUGUUCUCCAGCGCGGUGUACUUCGCCGAGGCGGACGAACCCACCUCGCAGUUUACGAGCAUCCCGGACGCGUUUUGGUGGGCUGUAGUGACCAUGACCACAGUGGGUUACGGAGACAUGAAGCCCAUCACUGUGGGUGGGAAGAUAGUGGGCUCCCUCUGCGCGAUCGCGGGCGUGUUAACCAUUGCGCUCCCGGUCCCGGUCAUAGUGUCCAACUUCAACUACUUUUAUCACAGGGAGACCGAUAACGAGGACCAGUCGCCGGUGGUGGAGAGCAUGCCCCCGGGCUGCCCGUACUUCCCUGACUUUCUAAGAAAAUUCAAAGGCUCGCCCUCUGGCUCCUCGCUCGGUGACAAAGCGGAGUAUAUGGAAAUGGAGGAGGGGGUGACGGAGUCGCUUUGCGGGCUGGACAAGAGCCCCAGUAAAGGAAACGGCACAGACAUAAGCAGAAAAAACAGUACUAACUCAAAAUCCAUUCAGACUGACGUGUGAUUACAAUUAGAGUUUAUUAUUAUUAAUUAUUUUUCCUGAAGAAGAAGAACACGCCCUAUAAAGAUAAUUUUGAGCAUCAUUUCUGCCCAACAGCAGGUGACCCCCUCCCGCCCUCACAUCCCCAACACAAGUUUGAAACACGCCUCAGACACACACACACACACACACACACACACACACACACACACACACACGCACAUUCAUGCCACUGAUUGGCAGGUUGUGAUGCUUCUCUCUCUUUCUCCUGUUUUUAACCAUCGCGCACUUCUCUAACAGCAGCCUUUCCCCCAAACCAUCUUCACCACACACCAGUCUAUUUGUUCAUCUAAGCUGUGCGGGCUUCCAAAUCUGACAUCAAAUUGAAAUUCUAGUAAAGACAGGCUAUGCAUUCGCACUUUAUGAGUUUCAUCUGUCAAUAACAGAUAUAGGGAUGAUCGUUUUUGCUGUUAUGCAAUAAAGUUCAAAAUCUGUUUGCACUAAUGUAGAUUUUUUUUUUUUUUUGCGCUGGGUUUUGACAGAUUUGUAUUCAGAGACAGAAGCUGUAGGCCAUGAAAGUGGCGCGUAUUUAGUAAUCCUCUGACCACUUCGCUAAAGAAUGUUUGAACAACUUCCUCACAGAGAGCAGACUAAGGAUAUUAAUAAUCCCCUUUAUAUGCUGCCAGUAAAACUAAAGAAAAAAGAAAAAAUUGGAAACGAAAAUACGGAUAAGUCUUUUGUAACUGUUCCAGUAUUUAACAUUAAAGAAAAGCUAACUGAUAAGACAGCAUUUAGUAAACCAGGGCUACAGUUAUUUCUAUGACACCUACACAACUAUGUUUUUCCACAACAGGCCAAAAGAAAAAAAAAAAGCCUUCUAUUGCUGACCCACUGCGAGAGCUAAGCACAGGAAUCACCAGUUUAUAAAAUGGCUGGAGAAAUGACUCGCCCCAGGUUUUGUAUGGACAUGCUUGUUGGAAACUCGGCGACAGCAGUUUUCCCCAGUUUCAUUUAAACCACCUCAAAAUGACAAUAUCCCUUUACAAGGAGGCAGAUGGAAAGUUAAAGCAAAAAUGACUCAUCGUGGAAACUCAUUGGAAGGGAGCUUGCGAGCAAUUUUCUCUCCUGUCUGCUGGACUUCGUGCACAAUUCCUUCCCCCCCCACCCCGCCUCACCCCCCAAGAGGACUGCGAUUAUCUGCGAGCUCGGAGGAUCGUCAUGAUGUGGAUGUCUUCCAAGCGCUGCCAGUUACAGGGAGAGGGAGUAUCCCUGCACCCCGCCCGCAUCUCUGGAAAUCACAGAGAACAAGCAAAACGUUGUGACAGGUCAUCUUGAGCACAAGCGGACACUGAAAAGCAACAACCGGAUGACACUUGGCGUUUGGACAAUUGGAGGAGAGAGCUGCUGUAUGGUAUCAGUAAACAAACCCUCGAAGGCUGAGACUGGAGUUAGCGUGUGAGUGAGUCGCGGCCCAAAAUGAUUGCCUUAAUUACUACACAUGUAAAGAUGUAUGAAGUGAAGAUAACUAAGAAGACUUGUUCAAAAAUACAGAUGUUUUAUUUACAUGUGAAAAAAGUGUCUUGUAAGGAACAGAUGUGAAUAUUUUAAUAUGAUAGAGAUAAUGUUUGGUCGUAACGUCGACAUGUUUUAGUUGGGUCGGCUUCGUAGGUGUCAUAGGUUACUAAAUGGUGAGUUUGCUCUGCUUCUGUGCGGCCAGCAGUAUGACUUUUUAAAAAAAAAAAAGAAAUCUCGUUUCAUAUUGUCAACCACACAAGGCUGGCCUGAGUUGCUCGCUUAUCUGUUGGCAAAAAAAAAAUUAAAUAACGAUCUACGACACAUUGUGUCAUAACACAUGGAAAUCCUCGUCCGGAAAGUGUAUAGGGUUGGGAGAGAAAUACGAGACAUAUAUUGACUGGCUCAAUGCAACACACUGAAAUACAUCAGAAGAUUAUCCUCUUACAUUAAGAUCCACUUACACUAAAGCAAAGAUGUCAGGCACAUAAACACCCAUCAUAAAUAUCAGCCACACUCACUUUCUAUCACAGCAGACGAAACUCGCCGGGCUCUCACUGCUCGAGAAUCAUUGACGUAAAGACGAAAUACCUUACGUUUCUUUUCUCCGAUGCAAAUUUAGAGCUGACCAGCUGCUUUGUUGAUAUGUUUUCACUUUGAAUUUACCUGUAUGCAAAAGUAACAUGGACGUGUGUUCUAUAUUUUUUUAAACCUAGCCUUGAUAAUUACAUUAACCAAAGGUGAAACCCUGAAUUUACUGUAUGUUGUGGACUUCUGGAAAAUGUUGUGACAUAGAUGCACACUGAAUAGGAAAAAAAAUGUAAAUACCAGACGUUUCUACUUGUGUGUCCUAAGAUGUGUUUCGCAGAUAGAGUAAUUUGAGACUUUUCACUUUCUUUGACUGUUAUGACCAUCCACCAUAAUCCUCUGUGUUCAGUUUGUCCGUUUCACUUUCUUCAUAUUGUUGCGAAUGCUGCUCCAACAUUCUUCAAUGUACUUCUUUAUUUCAUUUGUUCCUUUUUCUUCUUUUGUCUUUUUAACAAAACUCCCAUUGAAAAUCCACUUACCUAUUUAUUUGGCAUAUUGAGACAUGAGGUUACUGAUGUCAUUUGUGCAGCUUUGUGAGAGGGGCGCUGGCAUUUGUUACCGCUCUUAGAUCUGCAAAGUUGCCUGUGAAUACAAGGAUUAGAAAUGUCCACUGACAUGCCAGUAGUAGUAAAUCAUAUCACAUACAUACAUAUAUAAAUAUAUUUUAAUGAAGACAUUGUUUUCCUUUAAAAAGCACCCUUUACAUACACUAUUUGCUUUAAUGGCACAUGAAAGCUUGUGUCCUUCAUCUUAUCUUCCAAGUUCUCAUGUGUGCUCUUUUUCUGAAAAUUCAUAUCUGUAAUUACCUCAAUAUAGUGACCCUUACGAAAGAUGUUUACUGAAUGUUAAAAAAUUUCCUUGGUGUCAAAUUCUUUUCUUCUUCUUUUUUUUUUUUUAAAUCACCCUAUAGCCACAAUAUUUUAAAAACAGAUGUCAGUGGUUUAUUUGGGGUACUCUUUAUAGAAAAGAUGUGGGGGUUUUUUCGUCAGUUUACUUUAUCAUUGUGAGGAGGGAUACCAGCAGUUUAACCAAGAACACCAGUGCACAGUAGCAGAGGUUAGGGACUGUCACUUUAAAAAGUUGCAUAACAACAAAUGUGUGAAAGAAAGGAGGGGAAAAAGGUGAUCCAAAAGGAGCAAUCACACAUCCAAUUGUAGCUAAGGAUGCACACACACACAUAUGUGAUGCAGCAUGUGACAGCAAACUGGUUUCAUUUAUCUACCUUUUAUGAUGAGAUUGUAAUUUGAAGAUGUCAGACUGUGCGUUGGAGUUAUUGCAAUAUAGUAAGAAUGAAAAUUAAUAGUCAGUUGUAGCACAUUUGUUAACUUCUGAUAAAAUCUGUGCUAGCAUCAUGCGAAACCAUUGAUCACUGUAGGCUAACGAUGUGAAAGUCACACCCUUGGGCGUUGUGUCUGCGCUGAGCAGGGGGUUUCGCGUCAUGGCUAAAACGUUGGCUGGACGAGGUGUUUAUUUGCAGUUUAUGCAUCACAAACUGUUAAACUGUAUUUUGGGGGCAUAGCUUUAAGAAGCAUUUGCAAGCAGUGACGCUACAAUAAAUAUUUGAAAUAUUCAUGAAGUCCAGUUGUUCUUGAUUGCGUCGUUGCUGGGAUUCAUGGUCCGUAUCUUUGACCGGCUUUUUGCAUGCUGCAUCACAUAUACGUCCAAUGUUAGUGUGUGCCGAUUGUUAUUGUCGACUCAUAUUGACAGAAACAUGAUUUUCUGUGAUGUAAAUUGGUUAUUUUUUGCUGGAUAAAUGUUCAGCAGUAGUGUCAUGAAGGGUGGAAAUUCUUUAAAACAAUAUUCUUCUUGACUUUUGCACAGCAGAGGACUAAAUGACAAAAAUCAUAUCAGCACCUCCUAUCAUCUAUCAGCUAAAGUUGUUGUUUUAAACACUGCUGUUAGCCCAGAUUUUACAGUUGGCGCAUUGUUUCUUUUAGCUACAAUUUGCAUGUUUCUUUAAAAAUCACGUUAACGUAAAACUGGAAAAAAAAUGUUGACAAAUGUAGAAAUUAUUAAGGGAAAUUAAAUGAAUGAAAUUAAAAUGUUUAUGAAACAAUAUAACAAAUGAUUUGGCUAUUUAGCACACAGGCACAAAGCUUUGGAGCUAUCACAUUUUUCUUUGAUAAUUAAAACAACAAUUCAUUAUACGCAGAGUUUAAGCUAAAACCGGCUCCUAGGUACUUAUCAACUGUACAGACAGUCUGUCUUUCCCCAGCUAGAAGGACGGAAAACUUAUUACCCAAAAAUGUUGAGCUAUUUCUUUCACAGGUAGAUUAAAUCAAAAUUGUGACUGAUGUCCAAAAAUAUAUUUUCAGAAGUAAUCUCAUUACACUGAUCUUGUCAGAUUAUGUGCCUGAAGCACAAGAUGUUCCAAACCCGGAGAGGCCCAGGGAGCGUCAGGAGAGGCCAGCACAAGCAUUUGAAGCUGAACAUUAGCUCACGGGGUGUUCAGAUAUCUGAGACGCAGCUAUCCCAGAUACUAUCGCACCAACUGCCAGUGAUGACCAGAAGCUGUGUGACACUGAUAUAUUUAUGAGGGACAAAUUAAUUAGCUACAGCUUGGUGUUACCACAAAAGCCAAAGAGUAAUAUUCCCACAGGUUAGUAGACAGAAAAAGAACAUGAUCAGCCUGCCAAUUGAUCCCGCAGGCCACCGCAUUCAAUCAAGCAGAGCAAAUAAGCACCAAAGGAGGCUGGAGGAAAUCUGGGCACUCUGUAACCCAUUUCCUCAAUCUAUGAAUUAAAAUAAUUUAUUUGGUUAGACUUGACAAUUGUGUCGAGCUGCACUGAUGCACAGCACUGAGUUAUAUAUGCUCUAAACUAAAUACUCAGAAGGAAACCAAGAAAAAUGUCACAUACAAAGACAGAAGAUUACCAAGGCGGAAUUUCAGCCUUUGAAGCAGAAAAUCAUGGACGUGUACACUAAACAGAAAGGUCCUCAGAUUAUCCAGCCUCAUCAUCCAGGUCCUGUCGUGAGCAAACAGCUGCAUCACUUCUUUAAACUUUGCACUGCUAGGCAUUCCUAAGGACGCUAAAGUGACCUGCGGUAAUAACUGCAGUGAUAAUUUGUUGUGAUUCAGCACGGCAAAUGAGCAGAUUUUACAAAGCUGCUGGGGAGGUUACCAACAGUUUGUGUGGGGACAUUAGAUAACACACAGGACGAGGUGAGAGGAGAACAUUUUAAUUACAAUUGCCUUGGAGCUAGAAAACUCACCAACGCUACAUGUAAAACAUUUCUGAAUGCCAGAGAGAGUAGCUCACACAACUGCUGACCAGAGUCGCUCAGAUCAGUUUUGAACUCAACACAUCAAAGAAAAGAACUAGACUCAAACAAAAGAAAACAAUUGUUGGGACUGAGUUUUAGAUUAAUAAGACCUCUUACGUAAGCGCCCACAUUGUGAGAAAGUGCUUUUCUGUCGAAGCUCACGUAUUUCUGAGGCCUAAACACCUGCGAGACUCUUCCGUCUCUGUGCAACCGAGCAAGAUUAAGUUUUAAGAUGAAUGCCUCCUUUAGUCAAUAACAAAGGAUUUACUCACUGAAAGAAAUCACCGAUUGGUUUCUAAAGCCAAGACAAACAAGACGGUUCAGAUUUAGCUGAGAAAAAAGUUUCUUAUGGUUUUUCAGCGUUGAUCCAAAACCGUCGAAAUUACAUCCUCAUGUUCAGCCAGCCUUUGAAUUUAGUCCAGGUUUCAGUUUCUUCGUACAUUUGGGCUCCACAAUGACAGAGCAUUUCACAGAGCAUCACAGUUAUUAAAAACCAACCCGAAAACCAAGACCCUGCUCAGUGAAACAAAAAUGUCAGUUUUGCCUUUAAGACUGAAUUUACUCUUCAUACACUGAAUUUGAUUCAAAUUUAAAACCCUCUUUUUGUCUCCAGAUAUCUUGAAAGGACAAACCGACUGAGCCUGAUAUCUUCACAUUGCACCCGGAAAGCACUGCAGAUGCUUCCAUGCGGCUCGGUUUGGAUAUUACAUCCCGCCGACACAUACUGUACAUAAAUAAAAGCGCUGCAUUAUUAUGAGGAUAAAAGCCCGAGUGUUUAUUGUAAUAUCCACAGCAUUAGAUAACAGCAGAAACUCGUUUUAUGUCUUAAUCUCCUUAUAAACAAGGUGCCCUGUGAGGAGCGCUGCAGAACUGUUGAGCGGUGACGCAGUUUGCUUUUGCUGUGAAGUGUUUUCGUGCUGCAAAUUCAAUGAACGCAGUGUUUACCUGUCCGCAUCCAUAUAUUUAGAAACCGGUCUGAGAUAUGAGACAAAUAAAACAAAAAAAGCUUUGCAUAAUUUGUUUGUGUCUGUUGGAAAUACAGCUAAUGUAAGCACAAAGGUCAGAUUACUGGGUUUACAGCGAGGAUGACCACAUGACCACGAGUAUUACGUUGGAAUUGGAAGCACCUUUAGUAGUUAAUACAGAAGCAACUAUAACUGGUCAUACAUGUAACUCUACCACAAACCAGUGAUAUCCUUGCUGCGUUUCUCUAGACAGAGAUUACAGGGCUCAACCAUCUUUCAUCAAAGUACAAGACAUAUGACUUUUUUUUAUUAAGUGUGGACUUAUCUCUUCGGUUGUUGAUGGAAAACAGGUUCUAGCUUAUCCAAAUUCAGGCCAUGAUGCUUUUAUCAUAUCCCAAAUGUCAGACUGAGAAUCUGAGUUCUUCUGGAUUCUGAGGGAAAUUGCACCAGUUAACAAAUGACGAAUGACUAAAUAGUUGCAGCCCUAAUGGAAAACAAGACAAUUUUUUUGGAACAUUGUGUAAUUCCCCCCCUCGCUCUGUGAUAAAUGCUCUGUGUGUCAUGUCUCAGUAAAACGCAUUCGAACGCGUGAAAUUAGACAAAACACAAGCAAACAAACUAAACGUUUCCAUCAAUUCCGCAACACGUUUGCAACAUUUAGACAAAGCCAAAAAUGGGAAAAUUGCCGUCAUCGACAGGUCCGGCAGUAAAUGUGCUGCAAAUGCAGAAAACGCACUCUGAUGCAAAGCGCCCGCUUCUUUAUUCUGUCCAGUUGCACGUGCGCACUGAAUGUGGUGAAGAUGAUUGCUUCGUUUAAUUGUGUUUCGUCUAUUUGCAUGUUUUGGUUAAUUACGGAGCGUUAGCUUCUCUGGGCCUGCCGUAAUCCUCGCAUCCAAAGUAUGAUUUAAAAGCCCGCAGACGGUCAUAAAGAUGAAACGUGCUGUUUUUCGGGACGCGCCCAGCACAGAAAGAUAAUUAGUAUGUGUCCUUUUACCUACAGUAUGCAGACCAAUUACUGUAGCCAAUAAUUUUGUCAUGAACAGACUGCAUGUGGGGCACUGCACAAUUCCCCCCCAAAGCAAACCUUCACAUUUACAGGCCAAGAAACAGUGAGCAUGUGGGAGUAUCACUUUCAAGCAAACGGGCAUUCUUUAUGCACAACAUUUCUAAUUUAGCACUUUGCAAUUAGGUCAGAAACUCUUAACCUGUGAAACCGACGUGACAGUUGUUUCUGAUCAUUACUCCAGGAGAGAAUUUGACAGGACAGAGACGGGGUUCAAAACCAGGAUAAUCAGGCGUCUAUGCAAGCUGGUGCAGAUUGGUCAGCUACAAGUAACGGCGGUCACAAUCCAGCAUAUCUACUAUUAGUCUCGAUGAUUCGCACGAUCGCCUCACUCGCAGUGGAAACGCCGUCUACGUGCAGCCACGAGAGGUGUUUCUACAUGCUUGCUGCUCUGCUGCUGCAGUGUGAUGAUGACAAUGAUGGCGAUUCUGUUUUUUGUUUAGGGGGUUGAGUUUACAAAGGAGGGAUAAUCAUCAUUGAUCAGUGCAGAGAAACUGGCAGUAGUUAUUCAUGAAUAUGUAAAAUAUUUCUACAGUUCAGGUGUUGAGAAAUAUCCAUGUGAGUUUUGGCCAGCCUUGCUUUUAUUCUGCAUGAUGCUUUGUUUUGAGAAAUAUGCAUCCUAAUCCAAGGUAUGUUUGUAUUCCUUUCCUGAGGGUGCGCCUCUCUUUCUCCUUCACUCUCUCUCUCUGUAUCUUUGGAGCUUGUCACUUUCUGACCUUAAUUGUCCUGUUUUGUUUUCUUCUUUGUUUUAUUUAUAAUUAUUAUUUUUUUUUUUUGAUUAGUUUUUUUGGGGGUAAGCCUUCCAAAUUCUGGAUUUUCUACAUUCAUAACAUUUUGUAGACAGCAAUAUGAGAUGUGAUUGAAAUGGAAUAUGUGCAAUGUUGAUUAA